ACACCAUUAAUUAUCCCUUUACCCACCCCUCCUCUACCUGUAUUUUCUUCCUCAAUUAUUUUUGUCUAUCAAUCUAACUUUCCCCAAACACUUCAUGCCUCUGAUACUAUCACUAUCACUGAUAGUGUCUAAAUAUUUCUCUUCACUUGUACAAAAAUUAACCCGUUUUGCGCAAAUGAAGACAGGUGGUUGGAGGGCGCCACUGGUAUGCCUUACUUCCUUACUGUCCCUCUGUUGAUUCUGUUUGUCUGUCUUACAUUUUCUCAGAAUUAAGUGACCUUUUGUGUUGAUGUACUUCUCUUUAUUUUUACUCAAACAAGCAAAUAGCGCAAAUGAGUGGCAGAGCGCGGAAUGAUGUACUGUCAUGUCGAUACCUUCAUUUUUUCCAAUUAGUCAUAUCAGACCAACAGGCUUGAAGAACCAGUGGUGUGCUUUCUUACUCUGACACUAAGCCUAGGCUCAUUCUAAGCACAUAACACAAUCUGUUUCACCCAUUGCUAACAGCUGAUCAGAACGUAGGCCUAGGCCAACACGACAAACGAUUGACAAUUCAGCGUGUUGGAAGAAAUCGCUGCCUGCCCUGUGCUCGCUGCCAGUGACAGACAAAUUGGCAAAUGGGCUCCUGACAUAACAACCAUGUAAAUGGCGGAUUGUUUAUGUCUCUCGCUGAACUCUGGCUCUCUUGACAGAUAGCUUCGUCGACAGAAUGUUUCUGACACCUGUGCCAUAACGGUUUUAUUUUAUUCCCAGUUGUCAAAUUGUUCGUAUCAUAGCAAAAUGACGUUCACCCCAAGGGAUGUGAAGGAUGUCUCUGCUCUUGUUGCUAAGAAGUUAGAGUUGUAUAUGAAUGUUGAGAGAAGGGAAGAAAGAUUCGACCCUCAAGGAUGUUACAGAACAACACCAAAUAUGCGAACUUUUGAUUUGAUGUAUCAUAUGCUGGAGAAAGGAGAACUUGAUAAAAAGAGUCACAAAGUCUCGAAGUCUAAGGGAAAGCAUCACCGGAAAGGAUCAAAGUCCCCUGAAAGGAAAGAAAAAGCUUCAAAAUCUGACAAAAAGUCAAAAGGGAAAUAUUCAGAUCAUGAAAGUGAUGAAGGCAUUGAUGAGAGAAAUGGAUGUCAUGUAAACAGUGAUGUAGAACCUAAGAAAAGAGAAAAGAAAAGCAAGAAAGAAACUGUUAAACCAAAGCUGGUUGAGAAUUCCAGACGUGUAGUGCCAUUCCAAGAGGCGGAGAGGUUGAAAGAAACAGCAAACAAAGUUUUGGGGGAGCAAGAUCUCGAUAAACUUUGUGUGAUCCAUCGUUAUCGGCCACAUAGCGUUGAUAUUGCACCCAUAACUGAAAACGGAAAAGUGUCCAACUACGUCAUGCAUGUUGGAUCUGCUCUUCAUUCAAAAAAUUAUGUUGAGUACUACAUGAAAGAGGGAUUACAGUCUGGAAACAAAGAGCAUGCCAAGAGACUGCAGCGUUUGGGUGGCAAAGAUGGUGGGGACAGAGAUACAUAUGAAGAGCAUGGGGAUCAGCAUCCUUCAGGAGGUAACUCAUGUUCAAGACAGGAAUGGACAAGAAAGUCAUCAAGAAUGCGGGAAAUAUUCAGCCCUGACAGCAGCAUUUGUUCAUCCUCAUCACAGGCCUCCCCUCGUAAUCUGACACCAAUAUCCAAAGGCAGACCAGUAUACAACACUAUUCGGAGUAGCACCCCCCAGUCUUCGCGGGCGUCUGCAGGCAAAGUGUCUAAAUCUUCCUCUCAGCUGUAUGACGCUCGAAAGUACUCUGAGACAUUUGGGUAUAAAAUUGUAUUAGGGGAUAUAGACAAUAAAGAACCUUAUGAUGGAGAAGCAGGAAGUGUCAGAAAUAAAUCAGAGUCAAGAGCUGAUGUUGCAAGUUCAGAAGAUUAUUGUAAAUUUUUAACAGGGAAAACAGACUCUUCCUCAGAUAUAGUCCGAAAUGGGGAUGGGCUCCCAACAGAGGAAGAUUCUCUAGUGAAAAGCGAUCCUGUAAGGUUGUCCGAAGUUGAAAUGAAGUACAAGAAAUACCAGAGUUCAGAGGCCAGCAGCACAGAACUGUCAUUAGAAGACAGUAGGGCUCACGCCAAUGGUCAUCGGGACUCGUGGUUGGAGUCCCAGAACACUGCAAGGUCCAGCACAUCUAAGAAGUCUGUACUAUCUGUCAGGUCAGACAGGUCACAUUCAUCUCGCUGCUCACUGGCACACUCUGGAAAUGAAGUGGAGCACUUGCACUUCCCAUCUCGCCAGUCAGGUAAUUAUGAUUCCACUAGAUCAGAGGAUGGAUCAAUAACUGAAAGGACUGUGUCAUCUCAGACAAUGACUCCCCGGAGGUCAAGGAGCAGUGCUAAGAAUGUUGAGCCUAUCCUGACUGUUAUUUCAUCUGAAGAAGUCCCUCGCCUAGGCAUUACAUCUUCUCUUAAUGAUACAAAUGGUAGAAACAGUAGCUUCAGUUCUUCCAGAAUUGAAGAUUACAUGACAGCAGAGGAAAAGGCUAAGGCUCAUCCUGAUCACAGGGCCAGUGAGGAUAGAAUUAACUCCAUUGAAAACAGGGCAGUGGAGAAAGAUAUGGAGAUUGGGGAUCAGAGAGCAGAGGCCAGUGUUAGACCAUAUUUGGCAGAUGAGGGCUACAUUAACACAGAGGAUGUUUCUCGUUCCGUACCCCCGGUGUCCCACACAGAGUGUGCUGAUGGGGAUAAGGCAUCUGGUGAACAACAGAAUAAGUCUGGGGGGGAGGGUAACCAAGGCGAAGGGGAUGGUGAAACUAAGGAAGAAGACAAAGGUACCUCGGAGAAGACAGUGGAGGGAGAUGGCAGUGCACAGAAACCAAGCUCUAGCAGGACCGUGAAGGCAAGGAGGGACAGUGUGCAGAGUGCACCGGCACAAGCGAUGACACAUGACAGAAGACAUAGCUCAACCAGUAAUAAGACUCCUGUUGUGAUUCCGAAAAGAGCAAAUGAGAUGGAGGGAAUGGAAUCUGAACGAGGGGAGGACCAGUUGCGAGACACUCAGUUUGACCGAGGAGUGAUCCCUGACACUAAUUCAGUGCCGGCUAAGAAAAAAGUGGAAAGGGGAGAUGAUACUCCUCGUGUGAGUAUGGAGGAAAGAACGAGACUAACAAAGUCAGCAAAACAGCGUGGUAGAUCAGAAUAUCUCACAAUGGAUGAUGAUGAACGAGGUCUGGAGAAAGAAUAUUUUCAACCUUUGGCGACUGAGAAGGAAGAGUAUUACACAUCGGAUGUGUCAGCAAAGGAAAGUGAGAUUGGCUCCCCUCCAAGCACAAGACCGUCCUCUGCUUGCAGCCAGUCAUCAAGUUCCACCGUGAAAUCAGAUGGCAAAAAACGCAAGAAAAAAUCUUUGCGCAGAUUUUCUAAAGCAAGUGCUGGGGUAGCAGAAGCUGUAGAACCUGAAAUUAAAGAAGAGAGCCGGCCGGCAUCAGCUGCUAGUAAAGAUCCCGAUGGGAGAGGAGAUGACAGUAACAGUAUCAAAGAUGCAGGUGCUUCUAAUGGCAAGAAUAAGUCAAGUGAAAAAAUGAAGAGUCCCUCUGGAGAGAUGGAUGAGGCAGGUGACAAGAACACUGAUGUUCGUCCAAAUUCACGGUCCAGUCAAGCAUCUUAUAGUAAAGCAAAAACAGAAAGUAACUACACGAGACCCCAGUCUGCCAGCUCCAGAGGAAGCUUUACAGCUAAAGAAAAGCUCGGAACUGGUCAAGGAUAUGCUAUUGAUGGAGAAGUAUUGAACAGGGGAAUAGAUGACAACACUCCCAGGACUCUAAGGGAACUAGAGCGUGAUAAAGAGGAUCAACUGGCCAUGGAAAAUCGUCAGAACGUAGGAGAAGCUUUUCAUAAAGUAGAAGGUUUAGAUGAAGCAAUGAGGCCAGACUCUAGGAGUAGCAAAUGCUCUAUGAAGUCCUCGGAAUCGGCUAAGAAGGCUGAAAGUACCAAGCUGAAAUCAAAGAGCCCUGACCAAGAGCCACAGUUACGCCCUUCUUCUGGCACAAGUCUGAGGUCAGUCAAAUCUACUGGUUCCAAGAGUUCCCAAAAGUCAGACAAAAAGGAAAACUUGGUUGAUAAGUCGCAUAAUUCUGCUGUUGGACAACCUGCAGGUCAAAAUGUUAUCAUAGAAACAAGUCCUGAAGGCAGUCAGAAUGUUGAGAAAAAGGAGACUGAGAAAGUAUCUGCUGCGAGCGACUCUGGGGGAGGUUUUGUCGAGACAGGAGUCGAAUCUGUAGAAAAUGCCACUGGUAAUGGUGAGUUUGAUCAAGACACUGAAAAGAAAAUUGAUGCUGUCCUUCCAAAAACACAGAGUUAUGAAAAGGAAACAGCAGAAGCCACUGCUCCAAGUGGAAAUCAAAGUGAACUUAACCAAGAUGUCCCUGUUGAAGAGAAGGCUUUUGUUGAGAAUGAAUCAAAUGAGACGGAAAUACUUAAAGGGGCUGUCUCUGGAUCAAAUUCACUUGAAAAAAUUUUGUCAGGAGUCAAUGAAGGGCCUAUAGAUUUCAGGCCUUUAUCGGCAUCGACGGCAAAAUCCGUUGGCUUGGAGCGUGAAAUUUUCAUUGACUGUAAAAGAUCAGCUGUUCCACAGCCAUCCAAGAUCAGUGAAGUAACAGAGAUUGAAGACAAUAUAACCACAGCUAGGGAAACACAUCGUUCGGCGAUAUCGCCUAAGAGUGUGAAAGACAAAAUAAUUAUUCCUCAUCCAGCAGAAGUUGUUAAAGUAGAGAAGAAGGAAGCUGUGGGUCCGGUGCUUAAUCUAGCAGAUGUGAAAUUGGAAUCCCAACAAGAUUUGCCAGCUGAUGCUUUGGUCCAUCCGAGUAUGAAGCGCAAAGAGUCAAAGGCUGACUCAGAGAAAAAUAGUGAGAAAGGUCUUGUGGUGGCAGCUGGUGCUGAGCAAGAGGAGACUGAACAUUCUUCACAAAAAGAAGACCGUGUUAAAUUGCCUUCUGAAGAUAUAGAAUUUGGAGGGCCUGAACAUUCGUCAAAUCAGUAUACUAAGGAAGUGGAAAGACCACCAUCUGUAGCAAGUAAAAAAUCUGCUAGCAAGGAAAUAGAAAGACCACCAUCUGUAGCUAGUCAGAAAUCUGCUAGCAAAGAAGUUGAAAGACCACCAUCUGUAGCUAGUCAGAAAUCGGCUAGCAAAGAAAUUGAAAGACCCCCAUCUGUAUCAAGUCAGAAAUCAGCUGGCAAAGAAGUUGAAAGACCACCAUCUGUAGCAAGUCAGAAAUCAGCUAGCAAAGAAGUUGAAAGACCACCAUCUGUAGCAAGUCAGAAAUCAGCUGGCAAAGAAGUUGAAAGACCACCAUCUGUGGCAAGUCAGAAAUCAGCUAGCAAAGAAGUUGAAAGACCACCAUCUGUAGCAAGUCAGAAAUCAGCUGGCAAAGAAAAUGGAACCCCACAGGCUGUGGUGAGUCCAAAAUCUGGUGGUGAAAAUUCUUUUCCAACGCGAAAUGAAAAGUUUGAAAAUGGAGAAAUGGAGCCAGGUCACCCAUAUCAGUCUUUUGAGGAUAAAGAAGCUGGUAUACCAGCAUCGAGUAAGAAUGUUCUUGAAGCAGCUGUGGUUGCUAUCCCUGGAAAUGAUGUUAGAAUUGCCACAAAUGAAGUUAAGGGCUACGCAGAAGCUUCUCAGGACAUACCAGUGGGGGAAUAUAAAUUAGGAGGAGAACGUCAUGGAUCCAGCCAGUUGGAGAAGCCCAUUGGAGUAGCUUCCACAUUUGAUACACAAACAUUUUCAUCUGUUGAAGUACCAUGUGAACAUUUUGGUGCAGAACAAAUUGGAACAGCUCAGGAAAGGUCCCCAUCUGCUGGAAGUCAAAAGUCCAUUCCAAAAGAAGGAAAGAUUGAAAGGCUAGCAUCUGCAGGUAGUCACAGGACUGUGCCAAAUGAAGAGCCGAUUAGGUCCCCAUCUACGGAAAGUCAGAAGCUGGCAAAUAUAGAUACUGAAAGACCACCAUUAGUGGCAAGUGACAAGUCUAUUCCCAAAGAAGGAACAGUUGGAAGGCCCCCAUCUGCCGGAAGUCAAAAGUCUCUUCCAAAAGAAGUAACAGUUGAAAGACCCCCAUCUGCAGGAAGUCAAAAAGUAACAGUCGAAAGGCCCCCAUCAGCAGGAAGUCAAAAUUCCGCUGCAAAAGAAGUAAAAGUUGAAAGGCCCCCAUCAGCUGGAAGUCAAAAGUCCAUUCCAAAAGAAAGGCCCCCAUCUGUUGGAAGUCAAAGAUCAGCAGCAAAAGAAGUAACAGUCGAAAGGACCCCAUCUGCAGGAAGUCUAAAGUCACUUCCAAAAGAAGUAAUAGUGGAAAGACCCCCAUCUGCAGGAAGUCAAAGAUCUGCUGCAAAAGAAGUAACAGUCGAAAGGCCCCCAUCUGCAGGAAGUCAAAGAUCUGCUGCAAAAGAAGUAACAGUCGAAAGGCCCCCAUCUGCUGGAAGUCAAAAGUCUCUUCCAAAAGAAGUAACAGUCGAAAGGCCCCCAUCUGCAGGAAGUCAAAAGUCCAUUCCCAAAGAAAGGCCACCAUCUGCUGGAAGUCAAAAGUCUCUUUCAAAAGAAGUAACAGUUGAAAGGCCCCCAUCUGCAGGAAGUCAAAGAUCUGCUGCAAAAGAAGUAACAGUCGAAAGGCCCCCAUCUGCAGGAAGUCAAAAGUCACUUCCAAAAGAAGUAACAGUUGAAAGACCACCAUCUGCAGGAAGUCAAAGAUCUGCUGCAAAAGAAGUAACAGUCGAAAGGCCCCCAUCUGCAGGAAGUCAAAAGUCACUUCCAAAAGAAGUAACAGUCGAAAGACCCCCAUCUGCUGGAAGUCAAAAGUCUCUUCCAAAAGAAAUAACAGUCGAAAUACCCCCUUCUGCAGGAAAUCAAAAGUCCAUUCCCAAAGAAAGGCCACCAUCUGUUGGAAGUCAAAAGUCUCUUUCGAAAGAAGUAAUGGUCGAAAGGCCCCCAUCUGCAGGAAGUCAGAGAUCUGCUGCAAAAGAACUAACAGUCGAAAGGCCCCCAUCUGCAGGAAGUCAAAAGUCUCUUCCAAAAGAAGUAACGGUUGAAAGGCCCCCUUCUGCAGGAAGUCAAAAGUCUCUUCCAAAAGAAGUAACAGUCGAAAGGCCCCCAUCUGCAGGAAGUCAAAAGUCUCUUUUAAAAGAAGUAACAGUCGAAAGACCCCCAUCUGCAGGAAGUCAAAAAGUAACGGGCGAAAGGCCCCCAUCUGCAGGAAGUCAAAAGUCACUUCCAAAAGAAGUAACAGUUGAAAGGCCCCCAUCUGCUGGAAGUCAAAAGUCUAUUCCCAAUGAAAGGCCCCCAUCUGCUGGAAGUCAAAAGUCUAUUCCUAAAGAAAGACCCCCAUCUGUUGGAAGUCAAAAGUCUAUUCCCAAUGAAAGACCCCCAUCUGCUGGAAGUCAAAAGUCUAUUCCUAAUGAAAGGCCUCCAUCUGCUGGAAGUCAAAAGUCUAUUCCCAAUGAGAGGCCCCCAUCUUCUGGAAGUCAAAAAGUAACGGUCGAAAGGCCCCCAUCUGCAGGAAGUCAAAAGUCUCUUCCAAAAGAAGUAACGGUUGAAAGGCCCCCUUCUGCAGGAUGUCAAAAGUCUCUUCCAAAAGAAGUAACAGUCGAAAGGCCCCCAUCUGCAGGAAGUCAAAAGUCUCUUUCAAAAGAAGUAACAGUUGAAAGGCCCCCAUCUGCUGGAAGUCCAAAGUCUAUUCCUAAAGAAAGACCCCCAUCUGCUGGAAGUCAAAAGUCUAUUCCUAAUGAAAGGCCUCCGUCUGCUGGAAGUCAAAAGUCUAUUCCCAAUGAGAGGCCCCCAUCUGCUGGAAGUCAAAAAGUAACGGUCGAAAGGCCCCCAUCUGCAGGAAGUCAAAAGUCUCUUCCAAAAGAAGUAAUAGUUGAAAGGCCCUCAUCUGCUGGAAGUCAAAAGUCUAUUCCCAAAGAAAGACCCCUCUCUGCUGGAAGUAAAAGAUCUGCAGCAAAAGAAUAGAUUUUUAAUCAAAGUCUGUAGACUCUCAAAUGUCAGCAUUGAGAGUGUUAAUUUAUUUGAAACUUGCUCCCAGUGCAUGUUGCUCAAUAAUUUUAAAGUGACUAGUGUGGCCUUUGUUGUGAAAUGUUUCGGUAAGUUGUUCUGCAAACUUACUUAAUUUUAGGUAACAUUAUAGCAGAUAAUAUUUUGUGUCACAUUAUUAUCUAAUGAGCACAAUUUGUUCUAUUCUGUAAAAUGUGUUUAAAAGAAUCAUUUUUCUCGUUUUGUCUUGCUCUCCUAAAAGUGAGUAAUGUGUCAUGCCUUUUCUACUUCUUUUUUAGAUAGCUUAGUUUGUCAUAUUAUGUAUUUAGGGUAUAAUUUUCAUAAGAAA